GGAGUCGCAUCGAAUUGUAACAUUUGAUAUCAUACCAACGUUUACUACAAUGCCUGACAUUUCCAUUCUCUCCAGCUCUACGAAAGGAGUAGAACGAACAAACUCCAUUGUCAUCACACAACUUCCCCGCUCACUUUUCCAGCCUUCGAUCCUGAGCGCGCUUCAAGACCACUUCGCGGUGUAUGGCCAGAUUAACCAAUGGGUACCCAUAGCAAGCUUUUCACGUAUAAUUGUGGUUUACUACUACGAAGAUGACGCCGAGCGUGCAAAGUUGAACUGUGAUCCUUUGAUCAUCGAGCCACUACACAGCUCGCCGUUGGCCCUGCGAGUUUAUCGUUCCGACACAAACCCUAUAUUAACAUCAGAAUGGCCGCAUACAACGGACAACCACUAUCUCCACCCUCCUGCAUUGGAAAAGAACUUCCUUAUCUCACCACCAGGAUCACCACCUAUAGGCUGGGAGCCCAUCAAAGAAGAUCCUCCAAAUGCCACACCACUGGCUGAUGACUUGAUAGCGGCUCUUCGCAAGCUGCAGGUGCAUAACAAACGCUCAAGCAAGGAGGUUUUGUUAGAACCCGAAGAUGGUGUCGGUGUCGGUGUAUAUGUGGAGGACUGUGACGGUGAAGAAGGCGAAAUGGAGGUUGACGAUUGGGCGUAUAAAGGCCCUUUACCCUUAAAUCGGAAACCUCUGGCCACUGCAAUGCCGCCACUCCCAGCAGUUGUGUCGUAGACUUAUUAUUGACACUGUCAUGCUAUCAAGGUAUAUCCCCCAGAUUCUGUAAUAACCAUUCAGUCAUUGUCAUCUCACGUUUUUGUUGUAACUGCUGUAUCAUACCCAUUUAGAGACAAGUGUUUAAAGUUUGUAGGAAAAGUUAUGUACAUGAAUGAUGUAUCGAACCUUGGCCAAUUUUUUUGCUAUCAUGUCAUCGGUAUUCUUUCCACUUCGACUUCGUGUAAAUCGGAAUUGUAUACUCAUGGACAUUACUUCUGGACUUUUUAUCAGUAUGGAAUUAUUUGAGCCUCUCUAAGCUACUUGUCAUUGUAUCGAAUCGUUCAAUAAAUGUUGCUCUAAAUUGAGCAUACAGUCGGUACAUAUCCAUGACAGGACAGUAUAGUGAGGACGAUGGAGAUGGAUAAACAGUAGAUCAAGACGGCGAUGAGCUUGAAAGACCUCUCUAAUGGACGUGCGAACGCAAAAAGCGAAUCAUUUAAUUAUAAUGGUUUCUUCUGAAAUAUCAAGUCGGCAGGAUUAUUUACCACUGUAAGGGAUAUCUGUUCCCACUGAAAGAUGGACAAAACAGCCGCAUGAAGACUGCUGACUCUAUGAAGAGGACAAUAGCUAACGGUAAGUUGAUGCAGCGAGAUAUUUCUUGGGAGUCAUACGUGAAAUGAAGAUAUGUUUCUGUCGUUGAUUGAAUGAUUUGACCUACUAAUACGGCUUACCUUAGUUAUGAGCAUUGCCUUAAUCAUCCUGGUCGUAAUGGUCCUUUAUGAAGGCUUUUCCGU